AUGAUUGAACAAGAACUGAUCCCACCUGCGCUGGGCGUAGUGGGGCUCAUUGUUGCAUUUGUGAUCUACGGUAUCGUCAAAGCUUAUGAUGAAGGUUCUGACGCACUUAAAAAGAUUGCGGAUCAGAUCCACAUUGGCGCCAUGGUUUUCAUGCGCCGCGAGUACACACUAUUAGCGCUGUUCAGUGCUGUUCUGUUGUUACUGAUAUCUAUCACAGACCUUGGUUUAUACACCGCAGCUGCGUUUCUGGCCGGCGGAUUGUCAUCCGCAGCAGCUGGUUGGAUCGGUAUGUAUGCCGCCACCAAGGCCAAUAUCCGCACCACCAAUGCAGCACAUACCAAAGGUCAGGCAGACGCUUUGUCCGUCGCGUUUUUCGGCGGCUCUAUUAUGGGCCUGGCGGUCGCAUCACUGGGCCUGCUUGGACUAGGCCUGGUCUAUUACUUCUACGGCAGCGACCCACACAUGGUUCACCAUAUCCAUGGCUUUGGUAUGGGUGCCUCGGUUGUCGCGCUUUUCUCCAGGGUCGGUGGCGGCAUCUUCACCAAAAGUGCGGAUGUUGGCGCAGACCUUGUGGGCAAACUCGAGCAGGGUAUUCCAGAAGAUGACCCUCGUAACCCCGGUGUUAUUGCUGACAACGUUGGUGACAACGUAGGUGACGUGGCCGGCAUGGGUUCGGACAUUUUUGAAUCCUACUGCGGCUCGAUGAUCGCCACCAUCGCAAUCGCCUCGACACUGGCCGCCCUUGGCGUGAGCCAGUUAGCGCCAGGUCUAUCUGAAGCAGAAGGCCGUGCAGCGCUGAUGUUUGUGCCUCUGGCACUGGCUUCAACCGGCCUUAUCGCCUCAAUCAUCGGCAUUGGCAUUGUUCGUUCUUUUUCCAACGCUAACCCGGCGGUUGCCCUGCGUAUCGGCAUGAUCGGCACGCCAAUCAUAUUCAUGGCGGCCGCUUACCUGGUGCUGUCUACUCUAGGGGUGUCUAACAACAUCUGGUGGGCGGUACUCUUUGGUGCUGCAGGUGGCGUUGUGAUUGGCCUGAUCACUGAGUACUACACCUCCUCAACGCCGGUUGUGAAAAUUGCUGAGUCCGGUAACACCGGCCCAGCCACAGUCAUUAUCACUGGUCUGGCAGUCGGCAUGCAGUCGGUUGUUGUGCCUAUUCUGACUAUCUGCGCCAUCAUCUACGUAUCCACCAGCCUGGCUGGACUUUACGGUGUUGGCGUCGCGGCUGUUGGCUUGUUAGCGACAGUUGGCAUGACCAUGGCCGUUGACGCUUACGGCCCGGUUGCAGACAACGCCGGGGGCAUCGCGGAAAUGGGUGGCCUUGGCCCUGAAACCCGCGCCAUUACCGAUUCGCUGGACGAACUGGGUAAUACCACCGCAGCAAUGGGUAAAGGUUUUGCCAUCGGCGCAGCUGCACUCGCUGCGCUGGCCAUCAUCGCAGCCUUUGUCGAGACCGUCACCCUCGCCCGCGGUGGCGAGUUUAUUCUGCAUAUCGGCAACCCGAUGGUGUUGAUCGGCCUGUUUAUCGGUGGUCUUGUACCUUUCCUCAUUGCCUCCAUUACCAUGACCUCGGUUGGUGAAGCGGCGAUGGAAAUGAUUGAAGAGAUCCGUCGUCAGUUCCGCGAAAUUCCAGGCCUGAUGGAAGGUACUGCAGAUCCAGACAACGCUAAAUGUGUUGAGAUUGCUACUAAUGCAGCAUUGAAGAAAAUGAUGCUGCCCGGCGUGAUCGCUGUAGCUGUUCCCCCUAUGGUUGGAUUUGGUCUUGGUGCUGAAGCUCUGGGUGGCACCCUUGGCGGCGCGCUGCUCGGCUGUGUUCUGCUUGCGCUGACCAUGGCUAACGCCGGCGGCGCCUGGGACAACGCGAAAAAAUAUGUUGAGAAAGGUAACCUCGGCGGUAAAGGCAGCGAGGUGCACUCUGCAGCUGUUGUUGGUGACACGGUUGGUGACCCCUUCAAAGAUACUUCAGGUCCCAGCAUGAACAUCCUGAUCAACGUGAUGGCGAUUGUCAGCCUGGUGAUUGCACCACUUCUGACCUGA